AUGAGACUGAGGGUGGGCAGGCAGGUGCGGGGGGUGAGUGGCUGGCCUCAUGGGGCUGAUGGUGUCGUGGAGAUCCGCUCCGUCCACGUGGGUGUCGUGGUCAUCAGGGCCGUGUACUCAGGCUUCUAUGUGGCCAUGAGCCGCUGGGGCCGCCUCUAUGGGUCGCGGGUCUACACUGUCGACUGCAGGUUCCGGGAGCGCAUCGAGGAGAAUGGCUACAACACCUAUGCCUCGCUCCGCUGGCGCCACCAUGGCCGGCCCAUGUUCCUGGCGCUGGACGGGCAGGGGGCACCCCGGCGAGGCGGUCGAACGCGGCGCCACCACCUGUCAACCCACUUCCUGCCGGUGCUGGUCUCCUGA